UUAUUUGUUUGGCUUCUGCUGGGCGAGGACGCGCUGCCUCUGGCCGAGGAAUGUAGAAGAAAUAGCUGAUCGAUUAACAUGUCGAAGAAGGAUGACAGAGUUGAAGACUUGGCUCCUAAAACUGAACCUAAACCCAUUGCAAGUGAAGGGAAAUCAGCUUCCAAACUGCAGAAAGCCAAUGAUGGAUCAAGAUCGCAAAUUCCCCCAAGGAGGAUAGGUUUCAUUUUGUCUCGACCUGAUGUGCCUCUUAAUUGUCAAGAGGAAUUGGAAAAGAAAAAACAGCUCAUUCUAGUUGGCCAGCUAAGAGCUGCCGAGUCACACAACAAGAUCCAGAACAUGAGACAGCGUUACCGAGCUAUGAGGGCUGAUGAAAUAAAUCUUUUGAUAUCAUCUCAGUCCACAGCCAGAAAGGCUAUUCGAUUGGAGGCUCUUCUUCCACCAUUUCAGGAAGAAAUUCACCUCAAAGAUACUCUGAAUAAACUGGAGAGAAAGAGAGUGGAAGAAAUCAUGAGCGAUGAGGCAGGGGUAACGAUAAAUCGUACCUUAUAAAAGCCGAUACGUCGUAACAUUUGUCCCACUUCAUCAAACAUCUGGGAACACCUUUUGUAACUUGCUUACUCUGAAUAAACCUCAAUAAUGGUGACUUAUCAUUUGUAAAUAAAGAUCAAAGCCUA